ACAUAAAAGCAAGUCUGAAAGGUUAACAUACAUGUGACUAUAGUGUUGGUAAAUGCAACCAUCUGUCAACCCUACAAUCUAAGUUAUACUGGUGGCGUAGCUGGCAAAAUGGUCAAGGCAAAUAGUAGUGUAGCAGACAAAACAGGGUGUAUACAGUAUGCCUAAAAUAAUAAUUCACACCAACAUAAAGAAUGAAGACAUUCCUGAUGACUUUGAAGAAAAGGUUGCACAAAAAGUCUCUGAAGUCGUAGGGUAUCCUAUUGAAAUUAUAUAUGUGUCUGUAACCCCUGGUGACAGGAUGAUACACAAUGGUAGCCGGGAUCCAAUGGCGUUUGUCGAUAUUGAUACUGCACUGAAUUUCAAUGAAGAAGUAAAUCCUGGUUAUACUGUCAAAUUCCAAGAUUUUUUUACCAAGGCGCUCAAUAUUCCAUUAUCAAGGUUAGUUCUUCAUUACCACGACGCCAAAGUAUCAGAUUAUGGUGUAUACAGAAGAGCACCCGAAUAUAAACACGAACAAUAUUUCUCGCAAUAAAGCUAUUUCGAUCA